GCAACCAGAUCCACAGUCAACGGAGUUCGAGAGCCUUCCCCCUUCCCCCGCCCCGGGUGGGUGCGGCCAGUGGGGGAUUUCACCGCCGAAAGGUCCAGAAAACCCAAGCCCAGAAUCCGGGCGAGAGGCGCAGCCGGAGGCGGCCAGACCUGGGCGGCCCGGGAGCGCGCGCCUCCGAGGCCGCGCAGGAUCUCCCAGUCUGGCGCUCAGGUGGCUCCUGCGUCCACUCCGCCGCUCCCCUCCCCGGGCCCUCCCCUCUCGAGCGAGGGUCGAGUUUGACUGUGGCGCGCGGGGAAGGAGGGGCUACUAGGGAUUUGAAAGUGCACGGGCUGCGGAGUGGAGCUCGCAUCUGUUCCCGCCGCCCGCGACCGGAUUAAAUUUCUGCAAAUUCAAACUGAAUGGGGCUUUCUUCUACUGCCUUCCAGAGGGCGCCUGCAGCCCGCCGCGCGCUUCUCUUCGGCGGGAGCGGCCGCCCAGCGCACGGCUAGGAGCCAUCGCGGGAGCCGGACCCGAGCCCGUGCGGGCCAGACGGCGGCUGCGAGGCAGAGGCGCCCGGGCUCCGGGACCCAGGCACCCAGGCACCCGGACCCCGGGACCCAGGCGCCGCUGGACCGCGCCCCACCCCGCGCGCCCGAGCAGGACGACUGUCAUUAGCCUCCUGGACGGGACCUGGGGCGGAAUCCUGGUGUCCUGAAAGGGACCCGGGCGACCCUCCGAGAAAGAACUUUUGGGGGCGGGGUCCCCGGUCCCGCGUCCCCUGGGCGGCCGCUAUUGUCUGCGCGCCACGCUUGGCGGCGCGGGGGGCGUGAUCGCGGCGGCCCCGGGCGCGGGGUGCGGAGACCCGGGCGGGGCUGGGCCCAGGGCGGCGGCGGGAGAAGCCGGGGGAGCCGAGGAGCCUGGGGAGGAGGAGCUGCGAGCGCGGGAGCCCAGUCUGAGCCGCGGGCGAGCGCGAUGCCGGCGGCGGCGGGGGACGGGCUCCUGGGGGAGCCGGCGGCGCCUGGGGGCGGCGGCUGCGCGGAGGACACGGCCAGGCCGGCGGCGGCCUGCGAGGGAAGUUUCCUGCCGGCCUGGGUGAGCGGCGUGCCCCGCGAGCGGCUCCGCGACUUCCAGCACCACAAGCGCGUGGGCAACUACCUCAUCGGCAGCAGGAAGCUGGGCGAGGGCUCCUUCGCCAAGGUGCGCGAGGGACUGCACGUGCUGACCGGGGAGAAGGUGGCCAUAAAAGUCAUCGAUAAGAAGAGAGCCAAAAAGGACACCUAUGUCACCAAAAACCUGCGGCGAGAGGGUCAGAUCCAGCAGAUGAUCCGCCACCCCAAUAUCACUCAGCUCCUUGAUAUUUUAGAGACGGAAAACAGCUACUACCUGGUCAUGGAGCUGUGCUCUGGGGGCAACCUGAUGCACAAGAUCUAUGAGAAGAAGCGGCUGGAGGAGUCUGAAGCCCGCAGAUACAUCCGGCAGCUCAUCUCCGCUGUAGAGCACCUGCACCGGGCUGGGGUGGUCCACAGAGACUUGAAGAUAGAGAAUUUGCUACUAGAUGAAGACAAUAAUAUCAAGCUGAUUGACUUUGGUUUGAGCAACUGCGCAGGGAUCCUGGGUUACUCGGAUCCGUUCAGCACGCAGUGUGGCAGCCCUGCCUACGCCGCACCUGAACUGCUCGCCAGGAAGAAAUAUGGCCCCAAAAUCGAUGUCUGGUCCAUAGGCGUGAACAUGUAUGCCAUGUUGACCGGGACGCUGCCUUUCACAGUGGAGCCUUUCAGCCUGAGGGCUUUGUACCAGAAGAUGGUGGACAAAGAAAUGAACCCCCUCCCCACUCAGCUCUCCACAGGUGCCAUCAGUUUCCUGCGCUCUCUCCUGGAACCGGAUCCUGUGAAGAGGCCAAAUAUUCAGCAGGCACUGGCGAAUCGCUGGCUCAAUGAGAAUUACACGGGCAAAGUGCCCUGUAAUAUCACCUAUCCCAACAGGAUUUCUCUGGAAGACCUGAGCCCUAGCGUCGUGCUGCACAUGACCGAGAAGCUGGGUUACAAGAACAGCGACGUGAUCAACACCGUGCUCUCCAACCGCGCCUGCCACAUCCUGGCCAUCUACUUCCUCUUAAACAAGAAACUGGAGCGCUAUUUGUCAGGGAAAUCUGACAUCCAGGACAGCCUCUGCUACAAGACCCGACUCUACCAGAUAGAAAAGUACAGGGCCCCCAAGGAGUCCUAUGAGGCCUCUCUGGACACCUGGACAAGGGAUCUUGAAUUCCAUGCUGUGCAGGAUAAAAAGCCCAAAGAACAAGAAAAAAGAGGGGAUUUUCUUCAUCGACCAUUCUCCAAGAAGUUGGACAAGAACCUGCCCUCGCACAAACAGCCCUCAGCGUCGCUCAUGACACAGAUUCAGAACACCAGAGCUCUCCUGAAGGACCGGAAGGCCUCCAAGUCCAGCUUCCCCGACAAAGAUUCCUUUGGCUGCCGCAAUAUUUUCCGCAAAACCUCUGAUUCCAAUUGCGUGGCUUCUUCUUCCAUGGAGUUCAUCCCCGUGCCACCGCCCAGGACCCCGAGGAUUGUGAAGAAACCGGAGCCCCAUCAACCAGGGCCCGGAAGCACCGGCAUCCCCCACAAGGAAGACCCCCUGAUGCUGGACAUGGUGCGCUCCUUCGAGUCUGUGGACCGAGACGACCACAUAGAAGUGCUGUCUCCCUCUCAUCACUACAGGAUUCUGAACUCCCCGGUCAGCUUGGCUCGCAGAAAUUCCAGCGAGAGGACGCUGUCCCCGGGGCUGCCGUCUGGAAGCAUGUCGCCUCUCCAUACUCCUUUGCAUCCAACUCUGGUCUCUUUUGCUCAUGAAGAUAAAAACAGCCCCCCAAAAGAGGAGGGCCUGUGUUCCCCACCUCCGGUUCCCAGCAAUGGCCCCAUGCAGCCUCUGGGGAGCCCGAAUUGUGUGAAAAGCCGAGGCCGGUUCCCCAUGAUGGGCAUCGGACAGAUGCUGAGGAAGCGCCAUCAGAGUCUGCAGCCAUCUGCAGAUAGGCCCCUGGAGGCCAGCCUGCCCCCGCUGCAGCCCCUAGCCCCCGUGAACCUUGCCUUUGACAUGGCCGAUGGGGUCAAGACCCAGUGCUAACUUGAGCCAGCAGGAUGUGGGGUAUCUCUAGCAAAUAGCAGCGAAACAGAGCUCCACACAUCUGUCAGGGUGUGAACAUUCCAAGGCCUCGCUUGGAGCAUCCUUAGUGGCCCCAUUGGUUCCUGCCGUGCAGUAUCCCACCUGUAGCUGAAUCCACAGACCCAAAGCCUGCACAACCCAACCUCACUUAGGGACCCCCAGAGAUGCUGGAAUCGCUAGGAGGGUUGGCUCCAGGGGCAGCCAAUUUCUAUCUUUCAGAUCUUCCUUCCUCUCAACCACUCACCCACCCCUUCCAGUUCCCACUUCCCCCAGGCUUGGAGGGAAAACGAGGCAUCAGCCUUCUGGGGCCCUCAGAUUAUGGACUGUUACCAGAUCUUUCUUCACACUGUGCUACAUGUGUGCCUCCCACAGCGGUUGGCCACAGUCACAGGGAGAGAACAACAUCGCAGUCAUUCAUCCUGGCCACGUUUCCUCUGCGGAGUGUAGCAGCCCUGCCUUUCAUAGCAGGGAUUCCCUGAAGGCCAGCGGGAGCCCGGGGCAGGCCCAGGAUCCUCAGAGGAAGACGGAGAGGAGCUUCGGACCAACAUCAAAGCAAACGGUGGGGAACGCGACAGAAGAGAGAGACUGAAGGAGACACUCACUUCCCUAGCAAGAUUUUGAUAGAUUUUUGUUGUUGUUGUUGAAACGUGCUAAUGAUUGAAUUAUCUUUUCCAAAGAGACUUUUUUUUUUUAAAAAAUGUGAUGUCAGUAAAUUGAAAUAACAUACUUUUUUAAAACUUGGAUGGAGAGAUGAGAAGCAAUUCCACCAAACUCGUGUUUUCACGGGAGGGGUCAGUGUGGAGAGCAAAAAAGCUGACUGUGGUGAUGGGCGGAGUGCUAUGGCCCACAGGCAGGGCACAUCUGGAAGCUGACUGUGGUGAUGGGCGGAGUGCUAUGGCCCACAGGCAGGGCACGUCUCGGUGGUCCUGUGUUCAUCCUGUCGUUCAAGGCAUAGCCCUGAUCCUUCUGGGAGGCGUAGAACACGGUCACAGCUGGUUCUGUAGAAAGAGAGAAACGAUGAUCGUGACAAUUCAGAGCAUAAUUCGGAUGGCGAGAAGGCAGCGUUACCUCUGUGCGAUGCGGAUUUCAAGGGGCCCACAGAACUCGUGCGGCCCAGAGCUCAGCGAGUUUGCUGGGAGCUGGGAGCGGGCUUGCCUGGCAGAGAACCUGUUCAGAUACGGACCAGUUUCUUCUUCGAGGAAAGCCGAGCUCCUCAAACAGGGUUCAGUCCACAUUGUGUUUUCACACCUUUCUCCAAGGAUCGAACCAAAGAUGUGUCUCCAGUAUUGUGUCUGUGCCCCCCGUGUGUGUGUUUUAUGGACCCCCGUGUUGUCUGACUGUAUCCAGCUGGCACUUGGCAGGGUGCACUCAUUGGUGAGAAGAAUCAGAAAAAGAAGACUCAUCAGCACAGGUGGGAUAGGGGUUAGUGUAGGAGACUGGUUACAGAAUGGCCUGGAGUCUUCAAAUUUUGACCAGUGCAGGUGUGACCAGAGACCGCCUCUGUGGCCACCUCGGAUAGUCAUCUCAGUCCAUGGAUCCCAAAACACAAAUCUAGAAUUGCAAAGCCAGCCUUUAUUUUCCUGGCAGGCAGCCUUGCCAGAGGGCAGAGAGGUAGUUCUGAAUCACACUCUCAUUCACUAGUGGUGACAUCCCUUAGUCCCUCACGUCUCUGACAGAGCAGGAGAGAAUGGAUAUUUGGCCGACCUUGGUGAGACCUGGAGCUGCCUCCUUUCUCCCUAGGGGAUCACCCCAGCUCUAGGGCAUUCUAGGAUGAGGUCAGACCCCUUGGCGAUUGGUGUUAUUUUUUGUAUAGCUUCAGACUGGGUUCCAGAACUUACCAUUGAAAACAGAGCUUUUAGGCCAGGCAUGGUGGCUCAUGCCUGUAAUCCCAGCACUUUGGGAGGCCGAGACGGGUAGAUCGCUUGAGCCCAGGAGUUUGAGAGCAGCCUGGGCAACAUGGUGAAAGCCCUUCUCUACCAAAAAAUACAAACAAAUAGCUGGGUGUGGUGGCAGCUACUUGCGGGGCUGAGGUGGGAGGAUCACUUGAACCUAGGAGAUCGAGGCUGCAGUGAGCCAAGAUCAUGCUACUGCACUCCAGCCUGGGUGGCAAAGUGAGACCCUGUCUCUAGAAAAAAAGAAAAUAGAGUUUUAUAAGCAGAGAGAAGAAAAGAACCAUCUAAGACCAUCUCUCCAUUUGACAUGAAGUGUACCUUUUCUAAAGAUGGUUUCCAGCUGCCACGGCUCCACUUUGCAGGCUCACAGGGUGUACACCUGUGCAUUGGGAACUUUCUGGAGCCCCGGUGCCUUUUCCUUGAGAACAGGAGCGCUUCCGCCUUGCCAUUAGCUCGUGGAGAACGUGCUUCUCAUUCCUGGCAUGCUUCAAGAACAGCUGCAGAUGUGCCGCUAACUGACCGCAUUGCCGUUGGUGACCUGGACUCUGAACUCAGGUUUAUUCUAAACCCAGUGAGAGGUGAGGGGGAGUGAGGAAAGGGGAUCAACUGUAUUUUUGUGCGUGUAUGGGCACCUGACAAAUCUAUGAAACCGAGUGAAAGGAGAAAUGUUAGAGUCUUUAUUAUUUUAUUAUAUUUAUAUGGAAAGCUUGACUCUCCCUUUGGUAAGUCCAAAACGUGUUGUCUGUUUGACUGUGACUGUCUUCCUCAGUCUGUGCCUGUGAUUCCAGUCACCCUGUAGUUACUGACAGAAAUUGACUGGACUGUCAUUGUGUGAAGUCCAGGAGGAAAAGUCCAUUUUAAUUGUACGAUUUGGUCGUAAGUAAAGACUAUAUUUAUGUCACCAUUAUUAGAUAUAUGUACUUUUGUAAUGACUGUGAAAUACACUUUUCCCUCACUA